AUGAAUGACUCAUUCGAUUUGAUUGAAGUCAGAUUACCAAAUCAAAAUCAACCCAAACCAAAUCUAAUUCAUCUUCAACAUCUCAUCAACUCUUGUAUUCAUCCAUCAAUCCAUUCUAGAACAAUCUCAUUAAACUCAGACAUUCAAUCACCACCACCGCCAUUCAUACUUUGCGAAGAUAGCGAAUCAGAUCAUGAAGUCGAUUCGGUUUCUUCUUCUGAUUCAUCCUAUGAUUUGGGUGAAGGAGCACUAGAACAUUGUAUUUCUCCACCGUACAGAACACCUAUCAGGAAUCUCGAUGAUGAUUAUGAUCAUUCACCUUCAAAUCUUCUAAAUCAUUCUCAAUCAAGUAUACCACCAUGGCCAAAGUAUCAACCAUUACCAUGUACCGAUCAAUCCAUUCCAUACGAUCUUAAAUCUCUUUCUUCUUCUUAUUCACUUUCUCGUGGGUUUUGGUUCAUUCCGGUUCACAAACACGAAUCGAAUUCGUUGGAUUUUUAUUCGAUUUAUCAUCGUCAAAUCAGUUUACCUUAUUGGACUGAUCAUCGGAUCUCUUCUUCUGAUCGGACGCUCAAAUCGGAUUCUAAGUCGAUUGUUUGGGAUCCGUAUCGGUUGAAGUUGGUUUGGAAAUUGAUGGGUACACUUGGUGAACAACAGAAAUUAGGAAACGUGGUCACUUUAGCUAUAGUAGCAUCACAUCUCAAUUCACUCAAACCAAGACCAUCAAAUCCCCAAUCCUCAACCUCAACAACUGAACCCGAUCUCUUUGGUGAUCAUUUACGAAUUUGGUGUGAUGUGAAAUCAUCAUUACUAGUACGAAGGUUUCUUUCAGAUAUCAGUUUAAAGAUGGCCAUCCGAACCCAUGUUUUGAAUCCAUCUGAUCCAUCUCAUCAAGAUUUCUUGGAUCAUCUUCAGCAUGGGAAAUGGUUAAAGAAUUGUGUGUUUAUGUGGUUUGAUCAGUUUGGGAUUCCUCGUGGUUAUUCAUGA